UUUCGAUAUAUUUUUUUUGAGUGAAAGUGAAGCAGGGCAGGGCGAACGUGCCCCAUCAAUUUGUGCGAUAUUUUUUUUGUUUUUUUUUUUUCUUCUCAUUUAAAUCAUGCGCAUACAACGCAUGCUGCCGCUGCCGCUGCCGUUGCUGUUGCUAGCGCUGGCAGCGAGCGUCACGCUGGCGGCCAUUGACAGCAAGGACAACAAGUCCUCGCCUAUCAUCAGCCCCGAUCAGCACAAUGUCAUCAACUUGAGCCUACAAACGGAAACUAACAAUAACAACAUCAAUGGGAACAGAAGCAGCAGCAGCGACACCAACGUAAACUUCGACCUGACGCGCAGGCAACGACUUCGCGAUGCACUCAAUGUCUUCGAUCUGUCGCUGCUAGCGCCGCAGUGGCCACGCCUCGAAGCCACACGCAUGCUGAGCGUCAACUGCACAAAAGAUAUGCGCAGCUAUCUGCACGGCCUGACCGAUGCCACAAUGUGGGCUGUCAAAAUGGACGAUGCUUCCGGACAUUACACUUCCGGUUUCUUCUAUGGCAACAACUAUUGGAUGGGUUCAUUGGCCCUUUGCGAAGCCAUUUACGGCGGCUCCAGCACCAUUGACAGCUCCCGCUCCAGUUCUAGCUCCAACAACACCAACGGCGGCAGCAGCAGCAAGGACACCAACAACACGUCGAAUGGGAAUCGAAACAAUGGAUUGCCCUUUGCCGAGGCGUAUGCCGAGGCCUACAGCAGCGUCUACAAUGCGCCGCCUCCCUUUGUGCCGGGCUUCUAUGUACUUAAGCUGCAGCUGAAUGAAACGAUGCCAACAGAAAUGCUACGCACUUUAUAUAUGGGCUUGUGUCUACCCUCGAGCUGCAGCAUUGCCGAUGUACGUCGCAUGUCCGGUUUUGCACGCUUGGAGCUGCCCAGCCGUGAGCUGCGCGUGCUCGAUAUCCGCGUGCCCACGGACAAGGAGUUUAACAUUUGGUCGGACAAAACCUUCUGCCUGCUGAUUGUGGUCUCUUGCAUUGUGCUUGGACUGAUCUGCUGCGGCACACUCUACGAGAUCUAUCUGAAUCGCCAACUGCAGGAGGCGCUGCGUCUGCAAGACAAGGAAAUGAUGAACAACAGUGAGACUAGCUCGGGCAUAGGCUGUGCUUCCUCCGACUACAGCGACACGAUGACUGCCCAUGAGGAGGCGUUGAAGCAAUCAAAUCAAUCCGAUUCGCUGAAGCAGCUCGAUCAGCUGGUACUUCACUUGCCACCCAGCGACAAUGACAGCGGCAAUGGCCACCAUCACGAGCACGAGCAUGAACACGAACACGACCACGAUCACGAACACGAACUUGAGCAUCACGAUCAUGAGCGCAGCAACAAGAACAACAGCAACUCAGAUGAGCACCUGGAGGGUCACUUGCACGAACCCAAAAAGCUAAGCAUCUACUCGGAACUGUUGCUCUCCUUUUCGGCAAUUACGAACUUCAAUGCCAUCUGUGAUCGCAAUGUGGGCGCCGAUACAAUACCCUGUAUCCAUGGCUUGCGCGCCUUCAGCAUGGCUUGGGUCAUCCUCGGACACACGUGCAUUGUGGUCUUCAAAUACUCGGACAACAUGGAGAUGCGCAAGGAGGUCGAACAGAAUUUCUUCUUUCAAGCAAUCACCAAUGGACCAUUCAGCGUGGAUACCUUCUUCUUCAUCAGCGGCUUUCUGAUCUCCUAUUUGUAUUUCCGCACGAAUGCCAAGGGCAAACUUAACAAGCUGAGCAAGGGCGCCAAUGAAUUCACAGCGGGCACCGCUCACUUUUUUGGCUUAGUUGCUUAUCGCUUCAUGCGACUCACUGCUCCCUACCUGUUCGUGCUGGGUGUGGUCCAAGUGACAAUGAGAUAUUUGGCUGCCUACUCUAUAUUCGAUCCACCAACAAUGGACCAUGUGACCUGUCCGGACUAUUGGUGGCGCAACAUUCUCUAUAUCAAUACGCUGUUUCCCGUUGAUGAGAUGUGCAUGCUGUGGAGCUGGUAUCUGGCGAAUGACACGCAGUUCUAUAUGAUCGGCGCUAUAAUCCUAAUUGUGGGCGUACGUCACUUUAAGCUAUCGGCUAUAACCACAUUGGUGUUUUUGGUGCUGUCCUGGAUAACCACAGCGGUGAUUGCCUUCACGAACAAUCACAGGCCCAAUACGGAUGAUCCACUGGCGCUCUUCGACAAAAUCUACGAUAAGCCCUGGACGAGAUUGGGUCCCUAUCUAAUUGGCAUGGCUGUCGGCUGGAUACUGUUUCGCACCAAUUGCAAGAUUCGUUUGCCACGACUAACAGUUGCCACAGCCUGGACGCUGGCAAUGCUAAAUCUGUUCGUCCUGGUCUUUGGUCUAUACCGGGCCGAUCUGUCACAGUUUACAGCGGCCGCAUAUAGCUCGCUCAGUCAUUCGGCCUGGGCGCUGUCGCUGGCCUGGAUAACCAUCGCCUGCUCAACGGGCUAUGGCGGCUAUAUCAACUCGCUGCUAUCGGCGCCCUGCUUCUAUCCGUUCUCCCGUGUCACCUACUGCGCCUACCUGGUGCAUCCCAUUGUCAUACGCUCCAUGGCGCUCAAUUCGGAUGCGCCGCUCCAUCUGGGCGGAGAUAUGAUGGUCGUCAUGUUCUUUGGUCUGACGGUCGCCUCCUAUUUCCUAUCCUUUGUCGUCUCGAUGUCGUUCGAGGCGCCCGUUGUUACAAUGCUCAAAAUCUUGUCACCUAGUCGAAAAAAACGUCUCGCCUAAGUCCGGGUUCUCCCUUCUUUAUUUAUGCGAAUAUCUACUAAAUAUAUAUCUACCAUAUACAUACAUAUAUACCAUAUAGCGAACACUUCCAUCAUCUCUCUCUAUCUCUUACUAUUACAUUCUCAACCAAAAUUGUCCACAUAUUUAUAGCAUCGAUCGUUCAUACAUAACCUCUCAUUUCG